AUGGCUGCAAUGUUAGAUGACUUGUUGGAAAAGAAGGUGAUCGAGUUACUGGAAUGCAAGCACCCCGAAGAGAUGAAUCGAUUUAACGAUCCCAGGUACUACAAGUAUCAUUGUAUCGUAAGUUAUCUCGUUGGAAAUGAAAUUUGGGUGGAAAAUUGUGGUGGGUACAAAAAUUGGAUUCCUAGGGUCUGCUUUUCGGUUGGGAUUGUAGGUGGAGUUGGUGGGGGUGGAAUUUUUGUUCCAGUGCUCACUUUGAUCACUGGAUUUGAUCAGAAAUCGUCAACAGCAAUACCAAAGUGUGAUGAUUCUAGUGCAGAAGCUGAAUACAAGCCUCAACCUGGUGGCCCAAACAACGGUACUCCAACAGAAACCAGGGAAUCCAAAAGAACAGACACCGCUAAGGAUUAUACCACAACUUGUUCAGCUGCAUAUUGGGCAUGUAAUCUCUUGCAGCUAUCUGCCUUUCAUAUCCCCAUGGCUUUCGGAGUAACUAUAUUAGAGGCAGUUAAACUAUACAAAGGACACAGUGUGAUUGCGUCUCGGGCAGAAUCAAACACAAAUUGGAAAGUGCACCAGCUUGUUUUUUGUAGUGCUUGUGGCAUCAUACUGAUUAUAGCUGGUAUAUUUGGUGGAUUGCUUGGUCUUGGUGGAGGCUUCAUUUUAGGUCCAGUUAUUCUGGAGCUAGGAAUCCCACCUCAGGUCUCAAGUGCCACAGCCACAUUUGCCAUGACAUUUUCUGCCUCCAUGUCUGUUGUAAAGUACUACCUUCUCAAUUCCUUACCUCUUGCAGCUCUCCACUUUACUGCUGUGGCCACAUUUUCAGCCGUAGCAGGGCAAUAUGUGGUGAGAAAGGUAGUCGGUAUUUUAGGGAGAGCAUCUAUAAUUAUCUUCAUUCUUGCCUUCACAAUCUCUGUGUUGAAUUUUUCAGGUGGGGUUGGAAUAGCAGAUAUGAUCGAAAAGAUUGAGAACAAAGAGUGCAUGGAAUUUGAAAACAUCUGCACUUAUGAUGCCUAGUGUUAGUAACUUGUUCUGCUUUCACUUCCCCCCAUUUCAAGCUUCCUUUGCCAUACCCUAAUUAGGGUUUUGCUCAAGAAAGUUGAGGUUCCAUCAUAAAACUAAUUGGCAAUAUGAGGAGUAGCCCAACCUCUCUUAUAAGCUCUUGCAUGGUUUGGUCGUCACCGAUGUGAGACUUUGUCCUCACAUUUUCACACGCUCUCUCACGUGUGGCAAAUAAGUCUUUGCAUGGUUUGGUCCCUCGCCAAUGUGGAAUUUUGUCCUCACAUUCUCACACGCCGCCUCACGUGUGAGGGAUUUUCAAGCCUUAUACAUGGACAACACAAACAUGGUCGUGUAGCCGUUGGGCUUCACACGUGAGCCAACUUGCUCUGAUACCAUGAAUAAAGUUGACGUUCCACCAAAAAACCAAUUGAAAAUAUAAGAAGUAUCCCAACCUCUUAUAAGCCUUUACAUGGUUUGGUUCCUCACCGAUAUGGAACUUUGUCCUCACAUUCUCACAUAUGCCUCCCUCAAAUGUUGAUAUUUUAUUUUCCGGACUAAUGAACUUGUGUGGUACGUAGGUAGCAUGAGAGGGAGGAGAAAUGAACUGUCCGGCUACUCCUUCAAGUUUCAAGUGCAUCCUCUUCCCUGCCAUGAUAAGUUAGUGAAUUUCCCGUUCAGCAGCAAUUUGCUCAUUUAGAAGGCAAAUUUUUUAAUUUGGUUUUUAUGAUCAAUUUCUUCCAAAUGAUGUAUGGCAUUUGUUUUAAAUAAUUCA